AUGGAAAAAGAACUGAUCAAAGGCAAUCUUGAGAAUUCGCAGAGAAUCAGUGGGAUUGAUGAGAAGCAGUCCGUUCCAAUUGAGCUGGGAGUCAUCGGCGAGACGACAAUAGAGCAAAAUGGAAUCAAGAUACAUCCUCAACCGACUUCAGAUCCCUUGGAUCCGCUCAACUGGUCACGGCUUGAGAAGCAUACCAUCUUGGGGAUCGUCAUGUUAAAAUAUUUUCUAUUUACUUACAUCACAACCACAACAGUCCCUUCAUUUCCUGAGCUCCAGUCACAGUUCAGUAUCAGCUACUCAGAAGUCAACUGGACCGUCGCAGUUCCUGCCCUAGGACUUUCAGUAGGGCCCCUUUUUUGGACUUCGUUCAGCGACAUAUACGGCCGUCGUACCAUUUUCAUUACCGGAACAGCCAUUGCUCUCGUGUCAACAAUCGGAGUAGCGGUGGCAGACAAUUAUAGCGGAUACAUGGCUGCUCGAUUCUUCCAGGGAUUCGGGGUUAGCCCAGCGGCGACGGUUGGAAUGGCGGUUGUCAAUGAUCUUUUCUUUGACUAUGAACGCGGACAGAAACUUGGUUUGUGGGUUCUGGCAAUUGACUCUGGACUCUUGCUGGGGCCAACCUUCGGUGGUUUCUUGAAUGUAGUGAGCGCAGCAUGGAUCAACUGGUUCAACGCCAUCCUCUUCGCCGCACUGCUGGUCCUCGAACUCUUCCUCAUGCCCGAAACCCUAUACCCGCGCACAACUAUGCUACAGCGCGUGCCGCGGGAAGGCCAUAAACCUCCGACCUCUUCAGAUAUCGAACAAAGCCCAGUUGACGAGAAGACCGAGAACAUGGCAACAGCAGCCGGACCCGCCAUUCCAAGAACAAAAGAGCUCGGCUUCUUCAAUGUCAAACCUGUUCCCGGCAUGCGGCAUCCAAAACCAUGGGACUCCGUCGUUCGGUUUGUCCUCACUUUCCGAUUUCCUGUCGUAGCUAUCAGCGUUAUCGGAUACUGUUUCUUGUGGUAUUGGUGGAUUUUGUCGGUCAUCACGAUGGUGCCUGCUGCGUACGCGUCGUACACCCCACUGAUCCAAGGACUGCUGUUUCUUGGGUUGUUUCUGGGGACAGUGACCUCGGAGAUCUGUUGCUCAGGUAGGUUGAGUGAUUACCUUGUUGGGAGACUGGCGAAGAGGAAUGGCAGCGUGCGUGUCGCGGAGAUGCGAUUGUGGCUGGCCUAUCCUGCUAUCCUCGUCACAGCUGUUGGACUUGUUGUCUGGGGUGUCAGUAUUGAUAAGAACUACCAUUGGAUAGUUGGCCAAGUCGCGUUCUUCCUCUUUGCUGCUGGAAUCCAGAUGGGGAAUACCGUCACAAGCAGCUAUAUCAUCGAUAGCUACCCGCUUCAGUCAACGAGUGUGAUCAACUUCUAUGCUGUCUUCCUCAACUUGAGCGCCUUUAUCAACCCAUUCUUCAUUGCGCAAUGGCAGGCCGCGACAGGAUACACAUGGACGUUUACCACGCAGGCGUUGAUUGUCGCGGUUGGUGGAACGGCUGUGUUUGCAUUAUUGCACUGGUUUGGCGCGUCGAUGCGGAAGAUGUCGCCAGUGCCAUCAUGGGUGAAUCCUGAGUUUGACUCAGGGUGUUGA